CACGACGAGGAUUAUCAGACCAUAACACUACAGUCCAAGAUCGCGAUUAUAUCGGACUCUCCAAUCAAAUGUAAUUCACUAUGCGUGCCUCAUAAGCGGCUUCGACGUUGCGCUCUGAUGCUAAACUCACGUGUAAAUUUAUGCACGAUCACGCCCGUUGCCAAGCCUUCGUAUUGGUCGUUGUCGGCAGCGAGUAGCGAUCAACUCCACCACGAUCAGCUCAACUGCCAUCCUUCAGUCAGUCGACUGCCGGCGUACAGAAAGACGCGAACUAUAUGCUAUGGGGGUGUCUUCAGCUUUCUAGGAAGCAGUGGCCAAUGCUGAUGGAUUUAUACAUGCUGUAACUGAGUAUUCUUCACAAGCUUCUGAAUCAGGAAUCUUGUAUUGCUCUCUCUGUGUCGGUAUUCUGGUUUGGAGCUGUGUAAAGGAACCGAACGCUGUUGAUGACAACGCGGGCUCUUCAUUCACAUUUAAGAUAAUUUCUGAUUGUACUCGUGUAUUGAUACUGGAGUUUCUGGCUGUGACCGGCCUAUGUCCGUCCUCUGUGCGAUGGUGACACGGUGACGAGGGUAAGGAGUAACUCUACUAUGGUAUCCCUCUCAACGCAAUCAGUCGGAAUGGACGGCUUACUCAGGAUUUUACUGUUAUCAUUCAACGUGUGGCUGUCAGUAGCCUUCCACUGUACGUUCCCACUGGAGUGGCGUGGCACCUGGUACCAGAGUGGCGUGGCUCAAGGCAAACUGCAGAUCACCAAACACAGCAUCUCACAACGAGGCCAUUGCGUCAAUAGCGUCGGCACUAAGUAUCUACUUUUGGAUAAAUCCAAGUCGUGUUUCGUCUGUCUUGUGUUCACACCUCAACAUGACAAUCUUCUGCAGUUUAAAGAAAGUUACUGUACCAGAGACGACAAGCUCCCCAACGUCUGCGGCAGAAUCACCGGGGACGACAUUCUUCACACCAUUGUAAAAGUACCGAGUGUCCCCGUGCCCUGCCCCUUCCAGGGUCCGUACUCCUUCUCCUACAACAACCAAACCAACAGGGACUGUGACAGCCCUUCUUCCGAAAUCCAAGAAUGUGCGGAUAGUUCAAAGUUCAUCUUCAAGUAUAAACGGUGCCAGCAUACCCCGGAAACCCGCGAUCAAGAUAUGCAGUUCCAAUGCCUAGCGACAUGGUUCAACGGCGAUUUCUUUCUGUAUGGAAUGUUUACUGGUUCUGGCUUAACGGAACAUACACAGAUGUACCGUUGCUUCAUGUACAGUUUCUAUGGGUCCCAGGGUCAGAUGGCGAUGUCGGCUGACCCCACAUGUCAAGGAAUACAGAGCCCCAGGACGGGAUACCUCACCAUGUCUCUGUCCCGGGCUGUGAAAUGGACACCACCUUCCUGUUCCUUCAACGAGUUUCUGUCGGUGUCACGAGAAUGGCGAGAUAUUGCCGGCAAAUUCCGGUUUGUGCUGGACGAAGAUAUUGAGCAGUUCCGCAUCUUCAACGUUGGUGGACGAAGAGGUGGCCGGUCGGCGCUGAUGUCGGUGAGGUGCAUGGGGAUCGUGGAGGAAAUACCCGACAUCAGCGACAACACGGCGACGUGGCCGAGUCAGACAUACAGCAAGGACUUUAUUACCUACACAACAAAUGAUUCAUGUGUGUCCAAGUACCAGUGUCUGAGGUUGAGGAAGAGGGGACCGGCCGUGGUGGAACUGAUGCUUGGUACGCCUGUGAACGACCAGGAACGUGCGUGUAACGAAUGGAGCUUCGACAACGUCCACAAAUACGUCAUACUUCCCAUGGAAUCUCGAGUUGUGCCAUGCCCGCUUCCUGGAAGCUAUUCGUACGUGGACAAAAUGUCCGACUGUCGAGGAGAGAUCGAGAUAGGAUGUUCGGACUCGUCAAUUAUGGCCAUCAAAGCUUCCUGCCCUUCUGGACACCACACAGUGGAGCUCUUCCAGUGCAACCAGAACUGGACGGAGCACCCGACGGGUGCCCAGUACAUCAUAACAAGCAAGCCGGGCGACACCAUCCAAAAGGUGUCCGACUGUCUGGUGUACAAGGAGAGCAUAGACGGGUUCGAGCUGGUUGCGGAGGAGGAGUGUGGAGGGGGUAAUCUUCGAAUGAUGAAGAAGCCAAUCGGCGUCAUCAUACAACCUUCCCGACAAGCCUGUAAAACUCCCGAUCGGAGGGUCCAGCCCCAGCCGAGUACGAACCCCCAUACCAGGGCGGAGGGAGAGGGACACACUCAUGACGUGAGGGGGGGUCGAGACAACCGAGGAUAUAGUGACAAUAACCAUAAUACUAUCCCCCAGCUGGAUAAGAAAGACAUCACAAUCAUAAACACAGGCACAAGGCGGACCUGUUCACUGUGUGUAACUCUUCUAUGUGUGCUUGUGACACUGUUGUCAUCGCUAAGGUGACAUGACCGUCAAGGACCAUGACAUCAUGACAUCAUGACAUUGUGCUCAAGAGGCCCUCCAAGGUCCCUAUUCGGGGCACUUGCUGGGUGAUCGUUGUCAGAAAUCUGUUUCAACAUUCCUAUCGAGCGAACAGAUAUGUGAUAUUAUCCGUUUUGUAUUCAUGUCAUAAAGAUUAUACUGAAUCGGGCACUGGCAAUCCCACAACGAAAGAAGUGAUUCCACAUCUGGACGUUGCUCAAGGCGUAGCGCGACCUUCUAGGAUAGAGGCGUGCUUUUCUAAAAGGGUACAAACACUGUCCUGUUGGAAUCACAAGAAAAUAGACACAAGUUCAGUCUGAAGCAACUACCCAAAUGCUUUAUGAUGUGUGUGAGAAAGAAGUCUGCAUUGGAUUUCAGUGAGCAAACAUUCAUUAUGGCUAACGUCAUAAACAAACGUCUUAAAUAAACGUCAUAACCAGUACGAUAGUACAGAUGAGCGUUUCUACAAGAAUGAAAGUUGCUGUGUUGGGCGAUCGCCAUAUUGGCUAUACAUAAUUAUGUUUAAGAGGAACUUAUGUGCAGACGUGUAUCAUAUUAUUACCCAGACAAUAACUAGCCCAGGGGACUACCGAGCCAAUCUUGGUGCGCAUGCGCCGGGUGUAAAUGACGUCACGUGUUUCCGCUUCUCAUUCACCCAGCACGCACAUUCGGUUAGAGGAAGCUGUUAUUACAAAAUGGCAAGUUGGUGUUGAGUCUUUCUUUGUUACAGCUGUCUGUUCACGCAGAAGGAUUCGUUUCGGCACGCUGCUACAAUGACGGCAUACUAUUCUAAGAGAAUCGGACAUAUCCCCAGACGAUCCAAGUGCUCUUUCAUCAUCAUCAUCAUCAUCACCAUCAUCCUAAUCAUCAUCAUCAUCAUCAUCUUUAUCAUGACGUCAUUUUAAGAUGCCAAUUUCAUUAUGACGGCUAUAUGCGAGUUGAGAUAUGAUAUCGAUACUGUUUGGUGUUUGUGAUGCAGAGGAAUAGUAUAUAGAUCUGGACAACACGGCUGUUCGCAGUGUACGUGUUUCCAAAGACGUUGUUAAUGGUUGAAUAUUUAUUUGUUAUAGUUACAUGUGUUUUUUUCAAAAGAGUAUUCACGGUGACUGGAUACCACAAACACUUACUAUGUAUAUGAAUGACUAACGAGACACGGUGUUUUGAAUGAAUGGAUAUCAACUAUUUUGCUAUGUAUACACUCUGCCAAAUUAGGAACAUACAAUCAUACAAUCAUUUGUUUCCUGCGCCAUGGCGCUAUUUUCUUGUAUAUCACUCCGCGACAGAGCCUAUUAUGGUGUAGAGCUGUGAUUAGUCACUUCCUACAAUCGUCCGAGAUGCGCAUGUUUCACCCGGGCUCCAAAUGGAUCCCAUCUGGAUCCACCCUGGCUCCACUCCCGGGCGAUAACGACACUGUGUACGUGCCUUCCCCAUUUCAUCAGCUAUAAAUCGUGUGUCCGUGCGUCCGACCUUCACCUUGAACAACGGGGUCUGACCUUGGUCAGACAAUUCAGUUUUUCUUCGAUGUCAUGUCCAACAAAAGGGCACAGGGUUUCCUGCUUUUACCAAAGCAAAUUUCAUUAAUCUCCAUCGUGGCCAUGUUUAUUUGGUGGAUAAUCAUUGAUUUUGUCAUGUUUAUUGUUAAUAUUGAACACAUGUUUAUAUGACGUAAUAUUCAGUGAUUUAGUAAUUAACUUGUUUGCUAUGGAAUUGGUUAUUUCAAUUAUUUAUCCUGCAGUGUAUGUGAUCAAUAUACAAUCUUGCAAGAUGAAAAUAAUAUUACACCACCCACAAUGAAAUUAAUAUAUUUGCUUGUAAUUCUGUCUAUUUUACGGCCAAUAUAUUGCAAACAAUUCUACUUAAUAUUAAUUAUUUACAUUAAAAGAACUUUUAGAAAUUGUUAAAUUCUUUAAAAUGAAGAAUAUACUUGAUGCGAACGUUUGAAUACGUAUCCGUUUCUGCCACAUUCAAAAUUAUUCAACACAUUCAUCAACAGUGUUAAGACUAAACUAUUUUUGUUUUUGUUAAACCCGUAUCGGGUCACACUUGAUUAAUGUCGGCCUGUCGGUUCUCUACCUGGAUGCUCUCCCUUUGUUGAAGGUCACCCAGUGUAGGGGCAGACAACUCUGGUGUAGGUGUUUGGUUCUGUGGCCCUUGUCUGUCGGUUGUGCUUUGCUGGUUCGAACCUGGCAGUGUUACACACACGUGAUUUGAUGCUGUACGUAUCGAUAAUGUACACAGAGUUUUUAAUCUGCUGUAAGAUACUGGAUCAGUUUUGUAAAAUCAUGGACGAAAUUAUGUACAGUGGAUGUAUAAAGUAUAUCUCGCAAUAAAAUAUGUAUAAAAUAUGA